AUGAGGAGUGAGCAUUGCAACCAUACUAUGUACCAGUUUUUCAGGGUCAAAGCCCUUAAGCUUGAGGCCAAGUUUCGUCACCGGGAAGAGGAGUUGAGCACGGCUGAGUCUCUCAUCUCUGCUAAGGAUAAAGAGAUUCAGGAUUUGAAGGACAGAUUGAAAGGGAAAGAGCAACUGGGUGCUAUGGAAGAGCAACUGGGUGCUAUGGAAGAGCAACUUCGAACGGACUUGUCUCUUGUUCACAGCGAGUUGGAGGGAGCUCGCAAGGUCUCUUCGUUAGUUAAAGGUUCGUGUUCUCUUCGUUAUCUUACCUUCGUCUUCUCCUUAGUCUUCUUGGUGUUCUGUCUGAGUCCCACCCUAUCUCCAGCGGGUGACGCCGAAGACUUGAUGUGGCUUCGAAAGGAGAGGGUCCGGCUUGCCUCUCAUAUCAAGGGGUUAGUGGAGAAGAUCAAGAGCGAAGCUACUAGGUGGAAUGCUAGGGCCGAAGAGCAUAACAAGCUUCUAGCUGAGUUAAGGGCCAGGAAAGCCCAGUUUAUUGAUAUGCAUAAUAGUCUUCGUGAGGCCACUGAACAUGCCUCUAGCUUGGAGGCUAGGGUAGAACAGUUAGAGAGGGAGAUACAUCAAGCUCGUUCCUCUCAUGGUCCUGAGGUUACUAAUUAUAUACAGCAUCUCGUUCGAGAGAGAGACGACGCUAGGGCCGAAGCUCAUGCUCUUAGCAAUGCUUUGACUGCUUCUCGUGCUGACGUUGCCCGUAUGGUCGAGUCUAAGAGGAAUCUCGAGAUGAACAUGUAUAGGCUUAAUAAAGGGAUAGAGAAAAUGAAUGAUGAAGUUAACCACCUUCGUCACCAGGACUCUAUGAAGCAGGUAGAGUUAGAUGAGAGUCAGUAUGCUCUCUCAAAUCUUCAGUUGGAUUAUAAGAAAAUAUCCGAUGAGUUCGAUUUUCUCGCUGAAGGCCGCGACGCUGUUGUUUAUGAUUUAGAGGCAGAUUCAUCUAGAGUCGGAGAGCUCGAGGGACAGCUUCUUGCUAGAAAUGCAAAGCUUAAAGAGGCUCAAUCUUCCCUAGUGCAGCAGGAGAGCCAGACAUCGUAUUACAAAGGUUUAGCUGGUUCUCGUGACGAAGCGGCGACGGACGCAGCUAAGGAAGUGGCUCGGUUGACUGCUUUAUUGUCCCAAUCUGAGCUUCGGGAUACUGUUAUCGGUCACAAGGCUCGCUGUCAGUUGGCCGAGGAGGUCAACAAGGUAUUGACAAGGGUCGAGCAAGGCCUCUUAAGGGAUCAUAAUAUUGUCAAGAACUAUCCCCGUCGCUCCAUGCCCGAACCUAUGACUUUCUCCUCUGGUCCUUCUUCGGGUGGGAGCGUUCCUUCGUCUCAGAAGAAGAAUCCCACUGAUCAUGCUGAGUCAUCUAGGGGAAAAUAG